UGUUGCGUGCUUGCAGCAAGUGGGGAACAGGGUUUGAUUUAAGGAAGAGACUAGGAUUAGAUUUGUGCCGUGAUACUUGACUUUAGCCUCGUCAACCCCAUUUGCUAAAUAAAUCAGCUUCCUUCUUGAAUAGAAUAUUUAUUAUUCUUCUUGCCUACAUACUUAUUACUACUACUCUAUCUUUCCAAUUCUAUCAAUUUUAUCAACCCAAGAGGCCAGCCUGGCCUUUUCUUAACCUAUCAACCUAUAGCAUAGCCACCACCUACCCAAGCUGCCAAGCAACCAAGCAACCAAGCAACCCAUUCGGUGAUCCGGAAAUAAAAUCAAAGCCUUAUUAGAGAAAAGGAACUGAGAAGGGAAAAUAAAAAUUAAAGGAAAAAAAAUGGGGGACGACCAUUACAUAACAUCAGAAGAUCCUAACCAUCCGGCCAACCUCAUCCCUUCUCUAUGCGCCAAGUUUUGGACAUUGGGUUGGGUUACAGGCACCGGAGGAGGAUGUUCUAUUCGCAACGAUGAUCUAGUAUACAUUGCGCCGUCAGGUGUCCAGAAGGAGCUCAUGAAGCACACUGAUAUCUACGUGCUUGCCCUAUCCAAGCAAACGGAUCUCAAGAAUCGCAUCUACCUACGCUCCCCGCCUUGUGGUCGGCCGUCACAGUGCACACCGCUGUUCCUGGCUGCUUUCACCAAGCGGGGUGCCGGUUGUUGCAUCCACACGCACUCACAUUGGGCCGUGCUGGUAACCUUGCUUCUGGAAGCGCAGGGUCCUGGUAAGGAUAAGCUCUUUGAGAUCAACAAUAUCGAGCAGAUCAAGGGCUUUGGCAAGGGUUUUGAGAAACAGGGUAAUCUAGGCUACCACGACACUCUCCGGAUCCCCGUGAUCGAGAACACGGCGCACGAAGAGGACCUGACUGAGUUUCUGGAAGAUGCCAUGAACCAAUACCCAGACACCUAUGCGGUCCUUGUUCGCAGGCACGGUGUUUACGUGUGGGGUGAUAACGUACACAAGGCUAAGACCAUGUGUGAAAGUCUUGAUUAUCUUUUUCAGCUGGCAGUGGAGAUGAAACAACUUGGUCUGCCGUGGUUGAGUGAUGUUCCCGUAGUAGUGCCCACGUCCAAACGUUGAAUUAUUCUAGAUAAUUUGAUGUCUUGAUAAAGAGCCAACACUUUUUUUUAUAAAGAGAACCUAAGAGUCACACAUGGCAAGCGAAGAAGCGGGAG